AUGUCCUCCGAUUAUAAAGUAACAAUUCUUCAAAAAGAACGAGGAAAAGCGAUCGCGCCAAAUUUUCAUCUACAGGUGAGCCUGUCGAUCGUUCACUUCUUGGGGACAUGGCCACCACGUACGGGGAAGUAUCGGUUUCUGUAUUUGCUCUAUACCACGGGUAUUUUCACUUUAAUGCUAGGUAUCUUUCUCGUCACCGAAAUAGCGAACAUGCUCGUGAACUUGGGCGACACCGCGAAGAUCGUCGCUGGGGCGACCCUGCUCAUGACGAAUUGCAUCCACGCUUCCAAGGUGAUCGUGCUUCUCCGUCACCAAGCACGGAUCCAGGCGCUCCUCGACAAGGCGAACAGUCACGCCUUCCAUCGGCAAGACGAGGCGCACCAGGACCUCCUGACGAGCUAUACGUGGAAGGGUCUCUUCCACCAUGCGGCCUAUCAAAGUUUCGGCGCGACGGCGGUGUUCUGCUGGGGCUUCACUCCCAUCGCCGACCUGAUCGCCGGCCGCUCGCGCCGGCUGCCGAUGGAGGGCUGGUACCCGUACAACGUGACGGGAACGCCGGCUUUCGAGAUCACCGCCGGUCAUCAGGGCGUCGCGAUCAUAAUCGCGUGCUUCCACAACGUAGCGAUGGACACGCUGAUCACCGGCCUGAUCACGGUCGCUUGCUGCCAACUGGCAAUUUUAGAGCGAAAUAUCAGCGCAAUAGAUGACGAGAAGAGCGGCAUGAAUAAUUUCAAGGGCGAGGUUACACAAGAAACGUGUCCGCCUUAUCAGCGACUCAAGUGGAGCAUUCGAUUAUUAAUUUCGCGGAUUCGCAGUUUCGUGAGGGAAAUCCAGGACAUCUUCGGCACCGUGAUCUUCCUCCAGUUUCUCUCAAACUGCGUGAUCAUUUGUCUGAUCGCCUUUAACGUAUCGCAGAUGAAGGAGUACAUCCCCGCGGUGCUGAUCGGCAUGCUGACGUACAUGUGCUGCAUGACAUAUCAGAUAUUUAUCUUCUGUUGGCACGGUAAUGAACUGCAUCUCCAUAGCUUACGCAUAGCUACGGCAGCGUAUUCGAGCAAAUGGUUCUCGGAGACGGGAAGAUUCAAGCGUGGAUUGCUGAUUAUAAUGACGAGGGCUCAUCGUCCGUUCAUUCUGACCGCCGGCAACAUUAUGUUGUUAUCAUUGGACACUUUCGUGCAGGUUCGUCGGAAAAAUCGCGGCUGCACAACAGCUGCUAUUUUUACCGUUCCAUCGCUCGAUAUUAUCGUCGAUAUCUCUUAUCCAAAUCUCAAGAUCAAGCUGACGAUCUUCAGACCAUGGAUAAUUCAGAACGCACGUUCAGAAGAGACAUCGAAAUACCUGCGCGACGAAGCUAAUAACUUCCGUGUGUUUCAGAUACUACGGACGUCCUACUCGAUCUUUACGGUGCUGCAAAGUUCAGCCGCCUAAAUAAACCCGUCCGUUAACAGCAGAUCUCUUUAGCUAUCCUUACACGGAUCAUAUAGUUCCCUUUAUACUCCUAAGAACAAAGAGCCUAGACAUGAUUAUCAAAUGGUUUGACUUUAUUCGGUACUAAAACGCUAUAUGUAACAAAAACAUGCAAAUUUAUGUGAAAAUAUUUGUAGCUCUCAUAUAUAUAAAAAAUAUUUUGAUCAUUCUUGUAUAACUUUAUCCCACAGUGAAACGAGAACAAAUUACAAAAUUACAAAAAUGAUAUCGACAUUGUAAAUAGCACUUAUAACAUCGGUCACUGUGAUAAGAUUACUUUAA